UUGAUCCUUCUUCUCUAUCAAGUGGAGACCUGUGUAUGUAAAUGUUCAGUCUUUCCUUUAGAUAAAAGAUCGAAAGGAACGAGCGCGAAUGAGGAGCACUCACUCAUUGGUGUCGAGGUGCAAACGCACGCUUUCUUUAAGUCGAGAAUGCCAGCUCUUGCUGCUAGCUGUUGCAGUAGCUAUGCCGCCUUCCUUUUUCCAUGACCGCAAUGUCUUCGUGGUUCACGCAGUCAACGUGAAGCCAACUUGCAUUCCAAAUUCUUUGCGGGUUCCGGAAAAAGUCACGCACCGAUCCCACAAGCUGAUUGUGGCUCACCGUGGAGCCUCUUAUCAUCUUCCGGAGCAUUCUAUAGCAGCUUAUCGUCUGGCGUUGGAACUCGGGGCCGAUUGGAUCGAACCUGAUAUUAUCGCAACCCGGGAUCGACAAUUGAUCGCCAUGCAUACGGUCGAUUUGGGUGUCACGACGAACGUUGCAGACAUUUUCCCCGAAGAUCGCCGAUGGUUCUCGCCGUGGGCCAAUGCAUCGUCCUACUGGGCCUUCAACUUUACCUACGAUGAAAUAUCGCGUUUGAGACUACGGCAGCGCUUACCACAAGCGCGGACGACCGCAUUGGAUAACAUGCUUGUCGUUCCGCAUCUGAACGAUGUCCUAGACAUGUUGGUACAGUGGAACGAGGUCGAUCUAGCCCAAAUCCUGAGACAAAGCACUACAACAAACACGAGUAGCAUUAGCGAGUACAACAGCAGCAAAACGAGCAAAUAUCCGACUGCUUUGAAUCUGAAACAAUCAGGUUUGUACAUUGAACUUAAAGAUGCCGCGUGGAUUCAAGCUGAGGCCGACUUGGAUUUGGUAGACUUGCUCUAUGAGCACUUUCGUGAGGAGCAGGAUCGGUGGGACAACAUUUUGAGGUGCUGGAACGGCAUUCGUUUUGACCAAUACAUUGUUCCCGGCUUAGUUAUUCAGUCCUUCGAUGGUGACGUCCUUCGAGCCUUUCACAAUCGCUGGUCGUCUGUAUUCAAUAAUACAGCCGGUACCUCCAAGGCGGAACCAAACUAUGUCUUACUGGCAUCGGAAGGUCAGUGCGCCGACGAAAUGUUCUGGUUGAACGUGGGAGAUCAGUAUCGCAGCUUUAUCCACGGGAUUGGUUUGGAAAAAUCCUGCUUGUUAGACUCAAGGUUCUUCGCUGAAGAGCUUUCUCCAGUGGUGCGUGCAGAGGAAUUUAACCUUGCCUUGCAUCCGUGGACAUCUCGGCCAGAAAUUUCAGAAGUGAACAUACAAUUCAACUCCGCUUUUGAGGAAACACAGUACCUUUUCUGUAAGGAAGGCGUCCAUGGGAUCUUUUCUGAAUCCGUGGCCUCCGCGGUACUGGCUGCCCGGUUGGGCUGUAACAACAAUGAUGGCGCGUGGCAGCCACCACCGGUGCCUUCACCAACAGCGAAUCCCAAGUCCGACAAUUUGUGCUACAAUGACCCCAGCGACUCCAUUUUUUACGUUGGGGUCGCAUGCUUUGUAGUGGGUGGAAUUGUGGCAGCGCUUUUGUUUUUCGCAGCAUUGCGUAGCUUUCCGAGCCGUCGUGCUGGGAGUGGCAGGCGUGCAAUUCCGACUACGGAAGACACGCUUUACGAUCUGGAAUUGACAUGA